AUGGCCACCGCAGUGAACGGGGGAGUGCCUCUGCUUUCAUCGCAGGCGUACCUUGAGAGCACGGCUGUGAAGGAGACCCGUGGACUGGUGUCGGAAUUAUGCCGGCAGUUCUAUACCCUCGGCUGGGUCUCCGGCACCGGCGGCAGCAUCACCAUCAAGGUCCACGAGGACUCAAUCGUCAAGCGGCAGCAGCUCAUCGUCAUGUCCCCCUCAGGUGGCAUCCAAGUCACAACCUAGAGUUCGAUGCUUGCUUUCUAUCUGCGGUUUCCUUUCUCCGAUUUCUCGUUGAUAACGGAACGGCGACCACUCGUAAUUCCUCCGAUCAUGCGUCUCUUCGCCGGUCGAUAGGCGUGCAGAAGGAGAGAAUGGUCCCUGAAGACAUGUAUGUGCUCUCGGCGAGCGGCGAGAUCCUGUGCACCCCUGUGAAGAAGCCUUACCCGCACAGGCCGCCAAAGUGUACUGACUGCGCUCCUCUCUUCAUGAAGGUAAACACCGGGGUCUGUUACUUCGUGAAAGAUGAGAUGAAAUUCUUCUUCUCGAAGAGGAGUUGUGUACUUAUUAAAUUUAUCAAUGUGUGAGUACAAUCGAUGUUGCGUCUUGUACUUGGGUGUCCUUACCCCAAAUAUCUGCUCGUAUCAUCGUCUAUGUGGUCUCAUUGUUUGUUGCAUUUGCGUGCGUCAAAUUCAAUCCUCGCCACUCUUCAGAACGUCUCAAUUCUUAAAUCCACUCAGUUAGUCAAUUGUAAAUGCCUUACUAUCCUUAUUCUUUUGACACUUUACAUGUUGUUGGCGUCCUUUGAUUUCUUCUCUGGUUUUCACAAAAUGUAGAUUGACAUUUCUACUUUAUUUGGGUUCGGUUUAUUUUCCUUGCAUUUCUUAAAAAGGGCUUGUUGGUUGGAUUUUAAUUGUCAUACAUAUAUUUUAAUGCUUUUUAGGCUUAUGAAAUGCGCGAUGCUGGUGCAGUCAUCCAUAGUCACGGGUUAGAGUCCUGUCUCGUAACGAUGCUGCAUCCUUUCUCAAGGGAAUUCCGGGUAAAGCUUUUGACUUACGUCCAUUUUUCUUCAAACGUUACUCUUUCGUGAGUUUUUGACGAUAUUUCUUUGCUAGAUUGAUAUUAAAUAUGGUCCUUCUAUUUGAAAAUUUUAACCAAUAGCACUUACUGGUUUCAGUUUUUUACUAAUGAAUCGACAGUUCUAUGACAUUACUCAUACUUCUAUGAAACUUUUUGACCAUUCACAUGUGCAUUUCACAUCUACUUUAUUCACUGUGUUCAUGUAAUCUUCUUCUCUCCAGAUAACUCACAUGGAGAUGAUAAAAGGUAUCAAGGGCCAUGGCUACCAUGAUGAGCUCGUCAUCCCAAUAAUAGAGAAUACCGCACAUGAGGGCGAGCUCACAGAAUCCCUUGCUAAAGCAGUAUGCUCAUUUGAAUCUCUAGGCUUUUGAUGACUUAUUUCAUUAAUGACUGCUAUGAGUAGCUAAAUCAAAGCAUGCAAUACCUAGUUGAGACUGAUCUCACAGGGAAUUUAGGAUUCAGAUAUCUAAUUUUUAACUAUUUGAGCAUCAAAUUACGAUUUAUAUGAAAUCUGAUAGUCAAUGUUGAUCUCCAGCACUUCAACUAUUAUGAAAUUUUGUGCCAAUUGAGAGAUGUUAAUCCAUGAAUAUUUUUGAGGUUGACAUAAAAAAAACGAAGCAUUUUAUUUGUGUGUUCUAGUGGCUACAUUGUGGCGGCAUACAUUGAACAUAUGUAGAAUGACACCAUUUCAUUUCUAAAAUGAAUGUGGUGAAGGACUACAGUGAUGGUGUCAAAAUGAUGAGUCGAUGUUUAAUUAUCUGCUAUGUCUUUAGAGAGUGAGAAAAUACCCAUCCUCUGAUUGAGACAGUGAGUCAGCUUAAAUUCUGACUUUUUUAACGUGGAUGGAUUGCAGAUUGAAGACUACCCGAAAGCUACAGCUGUUCUUGUGCGUAAUCAUGGAGUCUAUGUUUGGGGAGAUUCCUGGAUCAACGCUAAGACUCAGGUUCGUUUCCUUUUUUACGAAGCAUGAUAUUCCCUUCAUAUUCUUAAUAUUUUUACUUACUCUUAUGACACAUGAUUCCCAAUGUGUAUUGAAAGCAUAUAUCGUUUAGCACGUAUGUUUCUUCUGCUUACAAAUGAUUUGUUAUUUUCGCUGAUCAUGUUUGUGUUAGAGUAUGGAUAGUAUAGCCAAUGGGUUUUUGCCCAUCAGGAGGCAAGUUAGGUUACUUUUAUGUUAGUGGAAAGCAUGAAAAUAAUUUUUCUGAAUCCAAACUGAGGAUUCGCAAUUAUUGUUCAUUCUGAUAUGAAAUUACUCCUGUGUUGCUGUUGCAUUUAUGGUGUAUCUGUUUUGCUGUGAUGAUAUGAAAAUAUGUGCUCUCCCAACUGAACAAACCAAUUUGUAGCUUUUUUAAUGAAAAUCACUGUCCAACAUUUCCUCUUCGUUACUAGUUGAAACAUGGACGAAGGAAUCACAAGGUACUUUCUGGAAUUGAAGGAAUUGACCAAUGCUGCUCAUUGCUUAUGCGAUGAGUGUCAAACCUGAACCAGAAGAUGGUUUAAAGAUAAAACAAUGCAUAAUGUGCACUGAAAAUCUAAAUGAACAUUUGGCGUAAUUUUCUCAGUUUUGAUGUGAUGAGUUGAUUGUACAUCCUACUCUUAUGCCUUUCAACAUGUUACGGUAUUCUGAAAUGCGUUUCUCAUUUCUUUUGUAUCAUCUAGGAUAUAUUAGUUGAUAUCGAGGCUUUGGUCCUAAGAUCGUUUUUUAUUGAGUAAGAACUUGGGCCUAGUUGAACCCUGUUAUUAUUUAACAGUAUGUAUUUUGUUCCGUCCCAAUAAUAGUCCCGCCUUGGAUAGCAUCUCUGCUGAUCUGCAACGUUUUGAAAUGUAUGCCAUCGAUAACCAGAUGCUGCCUUCAAGUGAAAUACUGUGGAAAUAGCAAACAUUCUUAUGUUUCAAUGCGAAACUUUUUGGCAUUUAAUGCUUUUCGGUGAACGCAAUUGUCAGAGUAUGCUCGGUGGAUUAAUUCCUCAUAGAAUGUUAUUCUUAUAAAGUGAUUUAUUCGUGAAUAUGUGCUUUUUUGUGUAUCCCCUAAAUGAGUUUGUUAGGAUUAUUUUACCCGUUGUGUAACUGGCAUGGUUUUUUCCAGGCUGAAUGCUACCAUUAUCUUUUUGAAGCUGCUCUCAAACUCCAUAAUCUGGGUUUAGAUUGGUCUACUCCACUCCAUGGUUCGAUUCAUAACUCGAAAGGAUAUGAAUAUACAAAUAGACAGCAAGCCGGUUCUGUGAAAGCUCAACUUCAGAAUCGGAAUCCUGUCCCUGAACCAUCUAGAGUAAGUGUGGCACUUGACUCUGUCAUGUCUCAGAAACCACCCUCUUUAGGCUCUUCUCUGCAUUUACUGUUUCCAUUUUCUUUAUUAGGGCGUUUUUUUGCAUUCAAAAAUGAAGUAUGUUUUUUUCGCUGUUAGAUGACUUGAACCCACUGUUUUAUUUUUCAGCAUUGUAUCAUCCUUGAUAUUGAAGGAACAACGACACCAAUAUCUUUUGUGACUGAUGUUCUGUUCCCAUAUGCCCGUGAUAAUGUACGGAAGCACUUGACUGCCACUUAUGACAGUGCUGAAACGCAGGAUGAUAUCAAGUUGAUACGUGCUCAAGUAAGAAAGGCAUAAUUAUUGUCGCAUGUUGAUUUUCUGCAUUCGUGUUUUCAUAGCUCUUUCGAAUUUCACUAGAAGAAGCAUAUAGUACAUGAUCAGAGGUCUCUAUUUGACACUCUUGGUCAAAACUCUGUGUCAUUUUUAUUUUUUGCAAAUAUUGGUCGAUACUUUCAUAUCAAAUUUGAUGUUGCGCAUGUGGUUCUUACCUCUGAUGCAAUACCCACCGCAAUAUCUUCUCUUUUAGGCUCUUGUUCUUGUGGAGCCAUUCAUGUGAACCCCAGUCCGUAGAUUUGUCCAUUUGAAUAUAUAACCUGCAGUGGAGUACACUCUCCCUUGCUUUUCUGUUGUAGAAAUUAAUCUAUGAUUAUUUCCUGCGCUAAAAGUUCUUGUUUGGCCGUUCUUCUUCAUGCUUUGACAACUCUGCCUUGGUGGAGCCCACUUUCUCACUUGGCCUAUUAUUCACUAUCAUUCUUCGCGAUCAAGGUUAACUAUUUGUCUAUAACAGGUUAAGGAUGAUUUGGAAAAACGUGUUCCUGGAUCCGUUCCUAUUCCUUCCGAGGAUUCUGGGAAAGAUGAUAUAAUAAAAUGCCUUGUCGCUAAUGUAGAAGCAAUGAUAAAGGCUGACAGAAAAGUCACUGCUUUGAAACAACUACAGGUGAUAUGUCUGUUCAUUGAAUGGUGCCCUCCAUAGUAAUCCAGAAUUGCUUACAUUUUUAUUGCCUUUUAUACCCGCAUGUAGGGGCAUAUUUGGAGAACUGGGUUUGAGAACAAGGAACUUCAAGGGGUGGUGUUCGACGAUGUGCCAGAAGCCCUGGGCAAAUGGCAAGCGACUGGCAUCAAGGUACUAAUCAUCGUGGCCCAUAACUUGGUGAUCUAUAAGAACCGCUCUCACCAGUCAGCUAGUUCAGCUCGUGCAGCCGCUCCACUUGGUUUUGUUGAAUCUUCUUCUGUUGAUCUGUUGUUUGAUUUUAUUUACACACACCCAUCUAAUUAUCUCUGCAAAAUAGUUGUUAUUUUUUGUCUUUUCUUUGGAUUAUUCUUCCAUUUAAGACAACUCUUAAGAUCCUCAACCGGAAUGGACUGUGAAAUCUUGUCCUACAGGUUUACAUCUAUUCCAGUGGCAGCAGAGAGGCUCAGAGGCUCCUCUUUGGGAACACCGCACAUGGUGAUCUGAGGAAAUACUUGUGUGGGUUUUUUGAUACCACGAUAGGGUGGGUUUCCAUAUUUUCACCUCCCUUUUUCCCUUUAGAGUUUUUUCAUGCAACUUCUCUCUCUCUCUCUCUCUCUCUCUCUCUCUCUCUCUCUCUCUCUCUCUCUCUCUCUCUCUCUCUCUCUCUCUCUAUGCCUGUGACAGCAACAAGAGGGAGUCUCGCAGUUACUCUGAGAUCUAUCAGUCUGUGGGAGUGGACAAGCCCUCACAGAUAUUAUUUCUGACCGAUGUCUACGAGGAGGCUGUUGCAGCAAAGGCGGCUGGUAAACGCUCUCGGUUCCAUCCAUUCAAUUUCUGUGUGGAUUUAUUUAUUUUCCGCCCAAACUACGGUCCGGAUUGAAUCGAGAUCGUCGAUCCCUUCCGAUUCUUGCCACCCGAUUCCUCACAGUGAGAUCGAAAAUCCCUGUCAGACCUACCUGGCUGAUAAAUAGACUAUGCCAUUUUUGGAAGUGAUUUUUUCGUUUGGGCUCAUCCGUUGACUUCUCCCUGUGGCAGGUCUGGAGGUGAUUAUCUCCGUCAGGCCCGGGAACGGCCCGCUCCCCGAUAACCAUGGCUUCACAACUGUCACCUCAUUUACCGAGGUAUGA